CACUCUUCUCCUUUUGCCCAAACUCACCCAGGGAGUUGGAGCAUUUAAGAUUUCUCUGCCAAGAAGACCAAAAGGAAAGAAGAAAAAGGAUCAAAAGCCAAAAUGAAAUUUAUAGCACUUGCUGUCACUGUUGGACUAACUUUGCUGCUAGGAGUCCAAGCCAUGCCUGCAAAUCGCCUCUCUUGCUACGGAAAGAUACUAAAAGACCGCAACUGUCACAACCUUCCAGAAGGAGUAGCUGACCUGACACAAAUUGACGCAAACAUCCAGGAUCACUUUUGGGAUGGGAAGGGAUGUGAGAUGAUUUGCUACUGCAAUUUCAGUGAAUUGCUCUGCUGCCCAAAAGAUAUCUUCUUUGGACCAAAGAUCUCUUUUGUGAUUCCUUGCAACAAUCACUGA